UUUAUAUGUAUAGACUGCAAUAAUCUCUUCCGACAGACUUCAAGGAAAAAGGAAAGCAGCAUAAAUAACGCAAAGAAUCAUUUUCAGGAAGAAAUUGUUGAAGACUACUUUAUGUCCGACUUUUUAAAUGGAGGAGACAGGGUACAGCUUCUUAAAGAAAAGAAGGCAAAAGAAGUUCAUACUCAGACUAAGUGCAUUGCAACUAAUGAAUUAUGAACCUUGGAUUCCAACCUGGGAAUGCACUGAAAGCAGGCAAAUUACACAUGAAAUGAUUAUGGAAGCUGCAGAAGAUGAAAUUGAAUUAAAAGGUACCCUAAAAAGACUGCAAAAACUUGUUCGUGUAAGAAAAAUCAACCAGAACAAUCAAGAAGAUGGGAAAAAUAUAUUAAUUUCUAGUACUAAUAGUCAUAUGCAAGACAACUUCAUGGUGGAGGACAGUCCAGUGAUUUCGUGCAUUAAGUUACCAAAAAGCCAAGACAAGAAGCAAGUCAAGGAGCCAUUAAAACAAAACCAGAAUACUGACCUAACUUUAGAUUUUGCCUGGAAUUCCUUGGAUAGACCAUAUCGUCCCAAAUGGAACUACCAAGUAGACUACCAUCCUCCUUGGGGCAAUGGUUAUCACACGUGUAGAAGAGCCAUUCCUGAGUAUCGAGUUUAUGGUCAUGAUUUCACUCUCCCAAGGUCAAAAGACUGGGACAAAUAUGAAUGCUGUGCACAUGACAAGUUUCCAGCACGGUUUACACGCUCAGCAACUGACAUGGACCUCUAUGAUUCAAAGCGGUCAUCCAGCUUUGGAAGGUUUGAUGCCUUCAGACAUCAUCCGUCAAGAACAAAAGCAGAGGAUAAUGUGGAGAUUAAUGCUGCAGAAGGAGAGGCUGGUGAUGAAAGCAGUGAUUCGCAUUUGAGCAAAACAUCCAGUACUACUGGUGGAAUCAGUCAAAAAAUAAGAGAUAUUUCCUUGACAAUGAAGAAAAAGAUGGGAAAGAAGUACUCCAAAGCACUAUCAGAAGAGAUGACGGACGAUGGAGAAAAGGACUGUACUCAUAAAGACAGUGACCAUGAAAGCCAUCCACCUAUAGAGAAAGCCUUUCUGCAUCCCAGCGAAUCAAUGGAAAGUCUCUACAGUCUCAACAGUGGACAGAGUUCCUCUAGUGGUGUUACCAGUGGUUCUGAUGGGUCAAGUAACAGGGACAGUCUUAGACUGGAUGAAGAUGUUCCGUAUUCUGGUCCUUUCUGUGGAAGAGCCAAAGUUCAUACUGACUUCAUUCCCAGCCCAUAUGACACAGAUUCUCUCAAACUUAAGAAAGGUGAUAUCAUUGAAAUAAUCAGUAAACCUCCAAUGGGAACAUGGACUGGCAUGCUUCACAACAAAGUUGGGUGUUUUAAAUUUAUUUAUGUGGAUGUUCUCACAGAAGAGCAUUUUGAACCCAGAAAACUGAGACCACACAGGAGAAGUAAAAGGCCAAGACCAAAAACUCUACAGGAACUACUGAAGCGUUUAGAAUUACAGGAAUAUGAAUCAUCUCUCCUGCUGAAUGGCUAUCAGACACUAGAAGAUUUAAAAGAUUUAAGGGAGAAUCAUUUGAUAGAACUGAAUAUUUUGGAUCCAGAUCAUCGAGCCAGACUUCUAGCUGCAAUUGAAGUUCUAGGGGAUAUUGAAAAUGACCUUGAGAGUGGACACCAUCUAAGUCCUCAGACAACCUCAGAAACUUUUAAAGGAGACCAAUUGCACACAAACGAAUGUCCAAGGGAUUCAGGCUGUUAUGUUACUACAGAAUGCUCAGACACAGGCAAAGAAGACACAGAAGCUGACAACCUACCACAGAUAACAGCAGAGUAUUAAAAGAAGACUUACUAUAUUUUAAGAGCAAUAUGGAUAGAAAGUGACAUGAGUAUUUAUUUUAGCAGAAUUUGCAAAUGAAGGGACUAGAUUCAGAUUUGCAUGGAUGGAUUUGUAAAAUAAUUCUUUAACAAACCUCCUUUAUCUUUCAGUUGGAGAUUUUGACAUCUCUGUUCCCUUUUAAAACCAUCCAUAUUAAAAAUACCUAAGUUUAGUAGUUUGUUUUAAAAUGCAAACUGAAGGUGUAUCAGGGUGAAAUUUGUGGAGAGUUAAGAAGUAAGGUAUCUUUUGUAAGUGUAACUUUUUAGGAAUUCUUUUUCGACAGAACUGAUUGGAUUUCCAUCUCACUCUAUAAAUUUUAGACAUGUUUCCCUCAACGCAUGUGGCUUGAUCCUGAUUAGAGAAUCUUUGUAUGGCUUCGAGGCAUAGUUUGGAGCAGAAACUAUUUGUAACUAUUUUACUAAAAGUAUUAAUUUAUUUAAGGUUUAAAAAAUACAGAAAUCCUAGCAGUAAAAUCUAUGCUAAUAUAAUGAAAGAAUUUUAAGUCCAUCUUGGAAACUUUUAUAAUUUUGCUGUGAUUUUCAUAGAAGACUAAUGUCCAAAGAGAUUUUCCACAGGUACUUCGAAUUCCUCUGUCAUCCCAAAUACGUACGGUUUAGAGUGCCUGUUAUCUCCAAAUUGGCCUUGUGUCAGUGAGCAUGCAUGUAUGUUUAUGUGUGUGCCCAGUGAUGGACAGGCCUCCUGUCCAGAGCUGCUGUUUACCGUAACCAGAUGCUACUUUCUACCCACUGUUAUGAAAUAAUCAAGUUCAGCAAAUGAAUGGCACUAGAUGGCUCAGAAAGAGAACUAGCAGACAAAGAAAGGAGUGGAAAUCCUUUGAGGCUGAAUGUACUGUAAUAUCAUAUUUGUUCUGUUGUGCCAGAUAUGUAUUUUAGAGCAGUACCUGCAAAUCUGAACCAUACUAAACAGUUGGAGAGCCAGAUGUACAGUGUAAAAAACAUAGUUGCAAAUAAUAGAUGUAAAUUCUAAAUCAAAAUGUUUGCCCUCUAAUACUAUUUCUAAUUUGCAAUUUUCUUCAUCAUUAAUGUAUAACCAUUGUUUUGCAAGUGUGUGACUUAGCCUUCAUUUAUGUGUCCUUUCUGCUUCCUUCAUAUUUAUUGUUGUAUUAAUUAGUAUCAUUUACAUAGCCUUUUCUUCAUGUCAUGUGCUCACCUAGGAACACAAGUGUCAAUGCAUGAACAACUUUAGACAGUUCAUAUUUAUCAGCCUUAUUAUUUUCAUCACACACUUUCUGCCUGUGUCAUGUUGUUUCCAGUAAAAUCAGCUCACGGUGCACAUGGUAUGUUGAUUUCUGGCAAGUGGCAUUUGGUUAUGGUGUAAUGUAUUUGAAGUCUAUAUAUUAUAGUAUUCCUAAACUCUGACUUCCUGUUAAAUACGGUGGAAUUUUGAUUUUUUUUUUUGUCAUUCUUAUUUGUCUUUAUUUAUUAAUGUUAUUUCUUGAGUAGAGUUUGUCUGUUUUAUAUAUAUCAAUAUAUGUUAUAUAUAAGUUUCAUAGAUAUUUUUCUGUUAAUGUGUUAAAGACAUAUUAUGGGCCUUUUUGUGUGUAAACAUCUCUUCAUGAUCAUUUAAUGUAUAUAGUGGUUGUGUUAUGUACAAUUUUUAGAUAUACAGUAUAUAAUAUCUGUAACCGUAUUUUUAAUAAAGUGUAAAAAUUAUA